AUGAUCAGAUUUUUAUUGUUCCUUACUCUCCUUUCGUUGGUCCUUUCGAUCCAAGAAACCGCAACUCACAAUGACUGUUUAAAUCAAUAUUGCAAUGCAGAAGUAGAUGCUUGUCGUAAAGAUCAGACUUGGUAAUGAAUCGAAUCAUUUAUUCUAGCAAGAAAUAAAUCGCUAAUUGCUAUCAAACAGCUAUGGAUGAUCUAUCGCCUGCUGGGAUCUAGAGAAGUAAAGCAGCUGUAACACUCUCAAUUAAUUAAAUAGUAUGAUUUGUGUUUGAGUACUAAUUCUUAUGCGAAAGUUUAAAAUUUAGCAAAAUGCAAGUAGAGAAAUUGUCCAAAUAAGUUAUUAAUCAUUUGA